AGCAUUUGUGGGUGGAAUCCCCCCCCUCCCUCCCUCACCCCCCCCUCACCCCCCCUCCCCCUCCCUCCCUCCCCCCCUCCCUCCCUCACCCCCCCUCCCCCACCCCCCCUCCCCCCUCCCUCACCCCCCCCUCCCCUCCCCCCCCCCCCCCCCACCCCCCCCCCCCCCCCCACCCCCCCCCCCCACCCCCCCCCCCCCCCCCCCACCCCCCCCCCCCCCCCCCCCCCACCCCCCCCCCCCCCCCCCCCACCCCCCCCCCCCCCCCCCCCCCCCCCCCCCCCCCCACCCCCCCCCCCCCCCCCCCCCCCCCCCCCCCCCACCCCCCCCCCCCCCCCCCCCCCCCCACCCCCCCCCCCCCCCCCCCCCCCCCCCCCCCCCCCCCCCCCCCCCCCCCCCCCCCCCCCCCCCCCCCCCCCCCCCCCCCCCACCCCCCCCCCCCCCCCCCCCCCCCCCCCCCCCCCCCCCCCCCCCCCCCCCCACCCCCCCCCCCCCCCCCACCCCCCCCCCCCCCCCCCCCCCCCCCCCCCCCCCCCCCCCCCCCCCCCCCCCCCCCCCCCCCCCCCCCCCCCCCCCCCCCCCCCCCCCCCCCCCCCCCCCCCCCCCCCCCCCCCCCCCCCCCCCCCCCCCCCCCCCCCCCCCCCCCCACCCCCCCCCCCCCCCCCCCCCCCCCCCCCCCCCCCCCCCCCCCCCCCCCCCCCCACCCCCCCCCCACCCCCCCCCCCCCCCCCCCCCCCCCCCCCCCCCCCACCCCCCCCUCCCCCCCCCCCCCCCCCACCCCCCCCCCCCCCCCCCCCCACCCCCCCCCACCCCCCCCCCCCCCCCCCCCACCCCCCCCCCCCCCCACCCCCCCCCCCCCCCCCCCCCCCCCCCCCCCCCCCCCCCACCCCCCCCCCCCCCCCCCCCCCCCCCCCCCCCCCCCCCCCCCCCCCCCCCCCCCCCACCCCCCCCCCCCCCCCCCCACCCCCCCCCCCCCCCCCCCCCCCCCCCCCCCCCCCCCCCCCCCACCCCCCCCCCCCCCCCCCCCCCCCCCCCCCCACCCCCCCCCCCCCCCCCCCCCCCCCCCCCCCCCCCCCCCCCCCCCCCCACCCCCCCCCCCCCCCCCCCCCCCCCCCCCCCCCCCCCCCCCCCCUCCCCCCCCCCCCCCCCCCCCCCCCCCCCCCCCCCCCCCCCCCCCCCCACCCCCCCCCCCCACCCCCCCCCCCCCCCACCCCCCCCCCCCCCCCCACCCCCCCCCCCCCCCCCCCCCCCCCCCCCCCCCCCCCCCCCCCCCCCCCCCCCCCCCCCCCCCCCCCCCCCCCCACCCCCCCCCCCCCCCCCCCCCCCCCCCCCCCCCCCCCCCCCCCCCCCCCCCCCCCCCCACCCCUCCCCCCCCCCCCCCCCCCCCCCCCCCCCCCCCCCCCCCCCCCCCCCCCCCCCCCCCCCCCCCCCCCCCCCCCCCCCCCCCCCCCCCCCCCCCCCCCCCCCCCCCCCCCCCCCCCCCCCCCCCCACCCCCCCCCCCCCCCCCCCCACCCCCCCCCCCCCCCCCCCAUCCC